GCCUAGUUCCUGUGGGCAGCACUUGAUGUGCCUGAACCCUCUCUUUUCUGCAAUUCAAGGGAAAGACGAGAUCUUGCACAAGGUACCCUGUGUCUGCCCUCCGCCAGGGAAGGCAGGCAUGGAGCCUCUCUGGCUGCUCAUCCUGCUCGCCAUCACAGAGCUGUCCGGAGCCCACAACACGACGGUGUUCCAGGGCAUGGUAGGCCGGUCCCUGCAGGUCUCCUGCCCCUACAACUCCUUGAAGCACUGGGGAAGACGCAAAGCCUGGUGCCGCCAGCUGGAUGCAGGGGGCCCGUGCCAGCGGGUCGUUAGCACCCACCGCUCAUGGAUACUGUCCUUCCUAACAAGGCGGAAUGGGAGCACAGCCAUCGUGGACGAUGCCCUGGGUGGCACUCUCACCAUCACGUUGCGGAACCUUCAAGCCCAUGACGCUGGCCUCUACCAGUGCCAGAGUCUGUACGGGGAUGAGGCCGACACCCUCAGGAAUGUCCUGGUGGAGGUGCUGGCUGACCCCCUUGAUCACUUGGACCCUGGAGAGCUCUGGAUCCCCAAAGAGUCCAAAGGCUUCAAGGACAUCCAUGUGGAGCCCAGCAUCGCCAGGGCAGACUUCAGUGUGUGGGCCACCCCAAGGCCUCCCUCAUGUCCUCCUUGUGUCUCCAAGGAGUCUCUCCAAAGAGGACAUGCCCUUCCCACCCACUUCCAUCCUUCUCCUCCUGGCCUGCAUCUUUCUCAGCAAGUUUCUAGCAGCCAGUGCCCUCUGGGCUGUGGCCUGGCGUGGGCAGAAACUGGGGACACCCUCGGCCAGUGAGCCGGACUGUGGCCACGACCCAGGUUCCCAGCUCCAGACCCUAACAGAGGGGCCAUGUGAGCAUCGGUCGGUUGCAGAGCGGAGAGACACAUGAGAGAAGAGGACCCCUGAUGGGACGAGGCCCAGGAGAGGCCUGCUGGAACCACCCCAGCCUGCACACUGGUCCCUCGGCCACCAAGACUCCUGGUUCUGCUUUGGCAAAAGGCCAGACUGCCCAUCCUCUGCUUCCCCUGGUCCUGGAAACAGAAGGGUGUGGGGGGGGGGAGGGGGAGAACAUUUGUCAACUUCUAUACACUGGGCAUUAAA